GAAGAGAGCCACCAUGGACUCCUUUCUACAAAAGAAGCAGAUGUGCACCCCGCAACAGGCGGCUGCCCUCACUGAGUCAGUAUUACAGAUGCUGAUCCAUGAUAUGAGGCCGCUCUCUGUGGUCGAUGGUGCCGGGUUUCAACGGAUGAUAGCCCAGUUCAACCCAGACUACAUACUACUAUCCAGAACCCAUUUCACCCACUUGAUGGAGCAGAAAUACAGUACAACGUUUCUGAAGGUAAAGGAGAUCCUAAAAGAGGUCAACAGCUCCCUCACGCUGACAUGUGAUGUUUGGACCAGCCGUGCCACAGAGGCAUAUCUUGGAGUUUCGUGUCACUUCAUCACCAAAGAGUGGCAAAUGAAGACUUUGAACCUUGCUACUCUACCUCUGGAGGAGAGGCAUACUGCUGCAAACAUCAUGAUAUGGAUGGAAGAGCUAGUCAAAGGGCUUCAAAGGUCCAUACAGAAAACCCAGUUUGAGUCGAGCUCAGGAGAAGCCUUUCGAGCCAUUGCAGGAAAAGGAAUAAGUGAGAGAUGGGCUAAUCUUAACAAUGUGUCUGCAGAGAGAGACAACCCACUUGUUCUUGCAGCUGCCAUUGAUCCAAGAUUCAGAAAGAUGAAGUUCAUCUCACCUGAAGAUGGCACAAUGGUGCAAAGUACAAUUGAAGUUCUUGCCAUAAAAGAAGCAAAGGCCGAGACUGGGAUACAUGGUGACCUUGAGGUACAGCAGAAGAGGGGUAAUGUCCCAGGGGGGAAGUCAGCUCUUGAUAACCUGCUUCAGUCUGACACUGACAGUCUGAGUGAGGAAGAGGAAGAAACCCAGGAGGAUAAAAAGAUCCAAAUGGUGAGGAGGGAAGUUCAGAUGUUCUUCACAGAGCCACCAAUAGCCAAAAAGGAUGACCCUCUCAGCUGGUUCGUCCUCCGAGAGCUGGUCACCAUUCAAACCAGACCAGGUUGGGGUCCGGACUUCCUGGUGUGGAGGGACAAGUCAUGA